AUGCCAAAAAAUUCUGAAAAUUACAAUUUUCAUGAAACACGAAAAACAUGCCCGGUCCAACACUAUCAAACUGAUAGCUCCAACUGCACGAUCCCAUUGGCAUUCCAACUUCAAGACUACCCAGUUCCACGUCCAUUCUCCUUCAUCUACAAAAUUCUCCGCAAAAAACCAACUGUCCAGCUGUGUCCAUUCGACUUUGGAGAUGUGAUCCCAGGACAUGGAGGAUUGAUGGAUCGAUUCGAUUGCCAACUUCUGAUGGGAACAUUCGUUAUGGUUUACAUCCACAGCUUCAUUCGAGUUCCAGACGCUUCCAAACUCAUCAAACAAAUCAUGACACUCGAGCCAAACGAACAAUUGGAUAUUUUCAAUUUGUUAAAGUCCGAGCUAUCCAAGACUGGAUUACUGUAA